AUGAUGCCAAGCACGAAGGACGGGAAGGAGGCGCCGACGGUUUUGAAUCUGUAUCUGACAGAAGCUCGACGACGAUUCCAAGUGGCGGCCGGAAGGCAGAUCUAUAAUGGGUUACUCAUCUGCACCGGCUACGUGAGGUGGAAGAACAAGUCCACUCUGUUUCUCAUCUUUCAAAUGCAAAUUCCAGUCCCCGUCGACCGUCGAACUUCUGAAUCCAUAUCCCUUCCAAUCGCAAAGCCUCCAUCGUCUGGGCGAAGGAAUGGUAGACAUCCAACAAGUGGAGGAAGUGAAAAUCUUGCCAAGGUUACAUCCAAGAGGUUGCUCCCCGUAUGGGCAACCUUCGUACCCUUCCAACUUGCCGUGUCCCAGCUCCGAAGCUACGUAGCUGUCCAGGCUCUACAGUCCAACACCAGACUGUUCGAGACAAACUUCAAAAUCCCUGCGUCGUUCCAUGAUGUCUUCUUCAAGCUUGUUGCGGCGAUGUGGAUCCCGAUCUACGCCAAAUUCCUCAUCCCGAUAGCUCAGAGGAUCAGUGGAAGAGAAGGAGGGAUCACGGUGCUUCAAAGGGUUGGGACUGGGUUGUUCCUUGGGGUUGUAUCAUUGGUCAUGGCUGGAUUGGUUGAAGAGAGGAGGAGGAUGGUCUCAUCCAUGGCAAGCCUGUGGUUGGUUCCUCAUAUCACGGUGGCUGGAGUUGCCGACAAGAUGGCACUAGUUGGACUGGUGAUCUUCAGCCAACAGGAGUUUCCAGAGAGAAUGAGAGGUGUUGCUUGGUGGGUGCCGCUCUUCCUUGCUCGAGGGAUGGGAUAUUCCUUGGCUGGGAUUUUGGUUUCAUUGGUUCACAUAGUCGGGUACUGGCUUCCUGAUGAUCAAAACCAAGGCAAGCUAGACUCCUACUUCUUCUUCAUUGCUGGGAUAUUGAUCAUCAACUUUGUGUGUUUCCUAUACUCUGCUAAAAAAUACGAGUACCGAUGCCAAUUUGAAGUUAAGCAGGAAGAAGCAACUGAUGAGCCAUAG